AUGUCAAGUUGUAUUGAUGAAAGCAUCACAAUCCGAGAAGUAUGGUCUGAUAACCUAGAAUCCGAGUUUGAUUUAAUCAGAUCUGUUAUCGAUCAAUUCCCUUACAUCUCCAUGGACACAGAGUUCCCUGGCGUUGUAUACCGUCAAUCGUCGGAGCCUGGAAGAUCGUACAGGCAUCGCCAGCCAUCGGAGCACUACAAGCUUCUAAAGUCAAACGUCGACGCUUUGAACCUCAUCCAACUAGGUCUCACCCUCUCCGACGCUUCCGGCAACCUUCCACAAAUAGACGGGACUCACCAACGCUUCAUCUGGCAAUUCAAUUUCAACGAUUUUGAUCUCACGCGUGACGCCUACGCGCCGGAAUCGAUUGACUUGUUGAAACGUCAAGGGAUUGAUUUUGAACGGAACCGGGUAAACGGAAUCGACUCUUUCAAUUUCGCUGAGUUGAUGAUGUCAUCGGGUCUGGUUUGCAAUGACUCAGUUAGCUGGGUGACGUUUCACAGCGCGUACGAUUUCGGGUACUUGUUGAAGAUUCUCACGCGCCGCCUUCUGCCGAGUGAGUUGCCGGAGUUUAUGGAGGCUGUGAAGGUGUUCUUUGGGGACAACGUGUACGACGUGAAACACUUGAUGAAGUUCUGUCGGAACGGGUUGUACGGUGGGUUGGAUCGGGUGGCGAGACUUUUAGAAGUGAACCGGGUUGUUGGGAAGUGCCAUCAGGCCGGUUCGGAUAGCUUGUUGACGUGGCACGCCUUUCAAAAGAUGAGAGACGUAUACUUUGUCGACGUCGGACUGGAAAUGUAUGCCGGCGUCUUGUAUGGUUUAGAAGCUAACUAA